AUGGUUUUAACGAAGGAACCAAAAAGAAAUAAAACUAAAGAUGUGUCAUCAAAAAAAACAGAACUUGUUCCACAAACCCAAUGCCGAAUAUGCCUUUUUCAAUGUUCCGGCUUAUCGUUAGAUGCCCCAUUAACUGGGGAUGAAAGUUCCAAGACUUUAGUCUUUGAGGCCCUAGAAGUCGUCAUCAAGGAAAAGGUAACCAGAGGGCCAAAUUAUCCAGACAUAAUUUGUGAGAACUGUUUCGGGUAUUUAAAGAUUUCUUAUGUAUUGAUUACACAGUAUCAUUUGUCCAAAGUAAGGCUUUUGGAACAACUGGAGGGAUAUGGAGAAGAACUUACCACCAAUGGUAAUUCUAAGGAUGAAGUAAAGAAAUAUUUGCCAAACAAAACAGCAACUAAGAAUUUUGUCGAGAUAGUAGUAGGCACAAAAAAAUAUAGUAUUGAAGAUUUAGUUAUUGUUGAAGACAAAGAUGAGAGAGACGAGUCAGGGGUCUAUGAAGGUUUUCUACGAAACCUUGGUACUUCAGUUAGUGCCACUUUUGUUAAAAAAGGGCACUGCAAACCUAAAAUUGAUUUAGAGCCUUCAUCUCUUACUCUCGAUAUUAAAAAACUUGAAACAGAAAAUCACUGUGAUAAUGAAGAUGUCAGAGCUAGUCCUAAACCUGGAAUUGAUUUAGAUGCUUCUUCUCUUGAUAUUGAAGAACUUGAACUAGAAUAUUACUGUGAUAAUGAAUAUGUCGAGUUCAUUCCUAAACCUAAUAUUGAUUUAGAGGCUCCAUCUCUUGAUAUUGAAGAACUUGAACAAGAAUAUCACUGUGAUAAUGAAGAUGUCGAACUUACUCCCGAACCUAAUAUUGAUUUAGAGGCUUCAUCUCUUGAUAUUGAAGAACCUGAGCAAGAAAAUCUCUCUGAUAAUGAAGAUGUUGAACUCACUCCUAAACCUAAAAAUGAUUUAGAAGCUCCAUCUCUUGAUAUUGAAGAACUUGAACAAGUUGUUGAACUCACUUCUGUAGGUGAAGAUAUAGUUUUGCCAAGUAGGGUCAUAGAAUAUAAAUGUCCUUAUUGUUUGGAGAUAUUAUCCACCAGUAGUAGAUUAAUGCAACACUUUACUGAAUGUACCAAGAGAGUUUCAGCCUUAAGGAGAAGGGCAAAUCCAAAAAAACAAAAUCAAUGCCGGAUUUGUGGGGAAGUUUUUGCAGCCUUGGGUUCAUACUAUUAUCAUUGCAAAAAGCAUGAUGGUAAACAACAUGGCUGUAAGAUGUGUGACAAAAAGUUCUUUACAGCUUCUCAAGCUAGACGUCAUUUGCAAAUUCACAACAAAGAAAAAACUAUAGAAAUAUGCCAAAUUUGUGGCAAAGGAUUUCAUUACCGUAGUGGUUUAUUUUAUCAUAUGAAAAUGCAUAAUAACACACGAAACCUACUUUGCAGUUAUUGCCCCAAAACGUUUUAUACUCAAACUUCUUUAAAACGUCAUGAACUGACUCAUACUGGCGAUAGACCUUUUUCCUGCCAGUAUUGCUCAAAAAAGUUUCGUUCAAAAGAUGAAAGAAAAAAGCAUUAUUUAGGCCACACAGGAGACCGUCCUUAUUCUUGCAAAUAUUGCGAAAUUGGCGCUCGAACUUUGUUUAAUCUUAAACAACACAUGACCACUCAUCCUGGCGAAUUCUUCUGUACGCGCUGCGAUAAAACUUUUGCUGACAAUGAUAUUUUACAGUUUCAUUUGAGACACAAACACAAAGAAGAGGAAGAAGAUAAUGUAUCUGCAAUAAAUGGAGAAGGGACUAGUGAAAUUUCUGAUCAGUGGUUUGAUGACCCUGAUGAAAUUGUGGUAGUUGAAAUAAUGAAUAUUGAUUUAGAAUAA